ACGCAACUUGUAGACAGUAAACAACGCCGAACCGAGGACGACAAAGAAGACUUGUCGAAACGCAUCUACAGCUAAGCAGCGCGUAUUUUUGCCUGACUUCUGCUUGUGUGCAUCAACCGCUGACAACAUGAGCAACCACGUAGACGUGAACAACAUCGAGCCCACCACUUUUGAGGACCGCUACUACGACGAAUAUGAAUAUUAUAAUUUAACAGACCGUUACACCGAGUGCGCUAGUCGCAAGGGCAGGACGAAGAAGGAGGCGAGCAGCAACACGAACAGACACAACCCCGCCGGGCACGAGCGCAAGAUAGCGGACAAGCUCCAGAACGCCGAGAAGAAGUCCAAAGACUGACGGGCGAGAGAUUGAAUCGGACGGCUAUUACUGGCAACCGACCACAGGUGUCUCUGCGGGAAACGGGCGCGGAUCCGCCUCGGGACGAGAGGCGCGGGCCAGUGCCUCGUGAAGCGCGGGGUUUUGUCAGACGCGCCCCUCUUCCGCGCGCGCCGGCCCUGCAGAGCGCGCACCUGUUCAGAGGAACCCAUAUGCUUGUGAUGUUGAAUGUACGUUUUAAACGGAAGCUUUGACCGUGUUUGGUGUUAUAGCGUGACGUUUUAAAGGUUCUCUUAAUAAAGACCACUUCUUUUUUUCAUCAAAA